AAACUCACGCGGUCGUCCCUGAAAAAAAGCUGUUUGUUGCGGGUAGCUAGCUCCGGGCUUCUCUCUCUUCCCUGGGUCACCAGUAGCGUUUACCCCCAAGAUCUCGGAGGGCUGUCCAUGAUUAUGUAUCUGAUGCAUGCUUUUGCUUCUACAGCCUACUUUGAAAAGUGGAGGAUUGAGUACGCCAUGAAUACGUUCCACACAAGAACUUGCAUUCGCUUUGUCCCCCGGCAGAGUCAGUCAGACUACAUCAGCAUUGAGAGCAAAGACGGUUGCUAUUCGUAUCUUGGGAGAACAGGAGGCAGACAGGUAGUUUCUCUGGCCAGAUUCGGCUGUGUUUAUAACGGCAUCAUUCAGCAUGAGCUGAACCACGCGCUGGGCUUCUAUCACGAGCACACAAGGAGCGACCGAGAUCAAUACGUUCGCAUCAACUGGGAAUACGUCGCACCAUACUCGGUCUACAACUUUCAGAAACAGGACACUAAUAACCUCAACACUCCAUAUGACUAUUCUUCUAUCAUGCAUUAUGGAAGAAGUGCUUUCUCAACCCAGUAUGGACAAGAAACUAUCACUCCCAUACCCGACCCAAAUCAGCCAAUUGGACAGAGGCGAAAUCUGUCAGACCUGGACAUUCAGAGGAUCAACAGGCUUUAUGGCUGCUGUGAAAAGGGAAUCCGUGAAGGCUGGUGGAGCUGA